UUAACCAGUCAGAAGGUGUUAUAAAAACGCUUUAAUAGAUUGGGUUUUUCCCAAUAUCUUUUUGGAAUAUAAUCCUAAUCAAGCAUAGAGGUAAUUUUUUUUUUUCUGACCUAACUCAUGUGAGGAUUAUGUAAGUUUAAUAACAAAUAUCAAAGGACUUGUAUUGCAAAGACAGAAGGACAUUAUAACCUGUGUUGUGGAUUGACAGCUAGGCUGUAAGUGAUGAAUUAACUCAUUUUGCUCAAGAAUGAGUAACAGCUGUACCUCGGAGUUAAGUGUACGACAAAUUUAGUCUCAACAAAACUUGAAGCCAAAAAUGGCUAGCGCCGAACCGGAAUCAUGUGUCUCCAGUAAGACUUCAGGCUUCGGGAAGUCUGGACCGGAAGUGUAUGCCGCCGCCAGUGAGAGGGACAGGGUCGAUGAUUCUCUGGUGGGAGCGGUUGGUGGUUCAGACUCCUGCAGACAUAGCGGCGGAAGUAAUGGCGGAAGCAGCGCGGCGAGCUGUCAACAGCAACCGAUCAGUGACACAGUGAAGGAAGAGAUAAAUCAACGGAUUAUAAAGCUCGAACAACAAAUACAACUGCUCAUAGACAUUCCAGACUUUCUUCUUGAUGUGCCAUUAGAAUGCCUCAUUGAAGAAACAAAACAGUCAUUGACGUACUUUCUCGACCCGGAAAUGGAUAUCCAGACGUCGGAGGGUUUGUGUAAGGAUUAUAGAGGAGUUGCCGAAUGGUUAAAUCUGGAAGAUGCUUUCCAAAGGUAUAUCGCGAAGAUAGAUGCAAAGAACAAGUUUAAUGAGGUGCUGAGUAUGUGGUUCAAGGACGCGGGGAGGGAGGGGAUCCCGCCGGCCACGGUUGGGAAGCUGAGGGAGUGCCUCCUGGCGAUGGACAGGUUGGAUGCAGUGGACACGAUGGCAGCAAAAAUUACCCGCGACGCGAUGAGGUGGAAGAAGGCUGCGCUUCAGGCAAACGUGCGGCCGCCUAACCGGAAGGACCUCUCGUGGCAGCUCACCAGGCACGACGUCCUAUUCGGGAAGGAGACCCACUACACAGCCUGCCUCAUGUUCGCGGACGAGGACUACGGGAUGGCCCAGAUUAUUAUGAAGCUCUACAAGACCGCCAAGAAGGACUCCCUCUUCUUCCUUCCCCAGUUUGACCUCAAAUUCGGCAAAUACAUCCUUAAUGACACCGCCAGGGUCAUCGAUGAAAGAUGCGGAAGAAAAGUGAUCUUCCUCCUUUCGAAGUAUUUCUUCGCAUCCAAUGUCUGCCAGUUUGCCGUCUACUACACUGCAUAUCACGGUGCCGGUAACGGAAACCUGAUCCCGUUUCACCUAACACGUGACGUCGACCACGUGCCUAACGUGCUAAAGGGGAUUGCGGGUGUGCGCUGGUUUCGUAAGGGGACGCGGGAGCACUCAUGGUGUAUGCUCACGGACGGACUCUUCAUGGAGAAGAUUAAGUCGGAUGAACUACAGGAAGUGAAGUCGCGCAUUCAACGGAUCGUGGACGAAAGCAGAGACGACUUCCUCUGUGACCCACCCUAUGAUGAGGACGUCCCUGAGGCUGGAGAGCCCAUAGAGAUCGAGGAGCCUGAGAGCUCAAUCCCCGUGCCCUUGUUCGAUAUGGAAAAGGAAGCACCUGGGACGGAUAAAAACAAACAGAAAUGGAAACUGCUGAAGAGCGUGAGGAAGGCUGUAUAUGAGAAGUUGUUUGGAAGGUUUAAUCUGGCCGGAAAGAAGAGUCAGUUUGGCCUCAGUCAAUCAAGUCCCUGCAAGAGUAAAUGUCCCGGUACGGAGAUGAAGGAGAUUUACCGUAGAUCAGAGAAAGAGCGGGAAAUUCAAAAGAUGGAGAAAGACAUUGUUAGCUCAAGCGGUAAAAGCACACAAAACGGUACAGGACAAAUGAAUGAAUUGGACAAGGGGGACGAUAAGCCGCAGGCCACACAUGUGAAAGACACUGUGGACUCAGUUCGUGACUUGACCAAUCCAUUUGGAGAGAUGACACAACAACGAACGGGUCAACUCAAUGAAGAGGAGAAUAAGCUAAGUGACAGAAGUGGUGUGUCUGAAAGUUUGCGGUAUAUGACAGCCAAUGAAAAUGCAGCCGGACCACUUGGUGUGAACUCAAAGGGAAGGAAUUGUGAUGCAAACGUUGAUGACGGAAUAGCCUGUCGUGGCGAACUGUGUCAAUCCACAUGUGAUACAAACACAGUCAAAAGUGAUCAUAAGGUCGAAAAACUUAAAUACAACAUACAGGUAUCAACAACAGUCAUGAACGAAAACAUGUCAGAAAAUCUUAUUGGCCAAGAAUCCCUGUUACAAGGAAAUAAUGCUCCAGUUAAAGACGAUGAUAAAAUAAUGAAUACUGAUAAUGAACGCUCUGAGCUUGGUGAUGGUGACGCUGACUCAUUGAGUGGAACGUUUGCCUCUUGUGUAUCAGGAGAAGCGGAAUAUUCUCCUGGAGAUCCGAAGGGCAGAGCUGGUAAAGAUAUGGAGGAGAAAUCUCUGCUGUGUCAUGGCAAGACAGAACGUAGACAAGAGACAUGUUCAACUGAGGAGAGCGAAUGUCAGCCCUUGUUGUGAACUAUCAUAAAUGACAUUUGGAUAUUUUUUUUAUAAAAAACAUUAAGUUGAUUGUAAAUAUUCAUUCACACAAUAUGUGUGAAGCAUCAUCUUCUAACAUUUCAUGUGUAUAUGGCUAUACUUGUUUACUAUUUGAAUGUUUUUAUAACCUUUACAUGAUUGUAAAUAUCUACAAAAUACCUGUGAAUCAUCAUUUGCUAACAUUUUCUGUGUAUAUGGAUAUGCUUGUUUACUACAUAUCUCGAACAUUCAUGUUAUUAUAUCCUAUAAAUAAUUUUAAACUUCUUCGUUGUAUUUGAAGCGCAUCCACGCAGUUGAUUUAUUUCUCCCAAGGUUUCACUCAACAUUUGUGUGGUAUGCAUGUGGGCGUGCUAUUUUCAUGAGAAUCGCACGCUAUAACAAAGUACAAGUACUUACUUCCUGCACAUUUGUAAUUAUUUAUUGCAAAGAGUAACGUCCCUUGAUUUAAAAAAACAACAUAUAGGGUGUUUUUUGUGAAACUAUUCUGUAUUGAGUUAUAUGUCUAUUUAAGUGGUUUUUAUAUAAAUGCAGAAUGCAUAUUUAUUUUUCCUCUAAUUGCUUAUAUUGCAAUUGAUAUCAAUUUAAUUUUAUUUCUGUAUGCUGUGCUAAACAUUUACUGUUUUUGAUUUGGUACAUUCAUGUAUAUUCAUGUUAAAUGCAUAAAUUACAAAUGAAAUUACUCUUUAUACAGCCUGAAAUUAUUGUUUGUUUUUUGGCUAGAGGCCUUACACAUCAAAUAAAUGAAUAUUUUAUUG